GUGCUCCCAGACUGCGGGUCAUUGUAGGGAGGGGAGGUGGAGCAUUGGAUUUACAAACGGGCUGACAAAAACUAUGAGGAGCGCAGUACCAUACUACUGGAUGUCUCUCCUGGAUUAAUUACCACUGCCUCAGCACCUCUACAUCUCCCACAGGAAGACACUGAGGUCCCUUAUUUCUCAGAAAACAGAGAGGAUGGAGGAAGAGGACUACGACUACGACAACUCCAGCUCCAACGACAGUGACUACUACGACGACUACCACUCGGUGUGCGACAAAGCGGAGGUGCGUUCUUUCGGCCGGCUCUUCCUGCCCGUAGUCUACGCCUUGGCUCUGGUGGUGGGCGUGGCAGGCAACGCUCUGGUCGUGGUGGUGUAUACGUCGCCACGGCGACUGCGGACGCUGACAGACAUGUGUAUCCUGAAUCUUGCCGUGGCCGAUUUACUCCUUCUCCUCACGCUGCCCUUCUGGGCGGCCGACGCCGUGCACGGCUGGCGGAUCGGAGUGGCUGCCUGCAAGUUCACCUCCUUCCUCUAUGCCACCAACUUCAGCUGCGGCAUGCUGCUGCUAACCUGCGUUAGCAUGGACCGCUACCUUGCACUGGUCCACAACGCUGGAGGCCGGGCCGCGAGUGGCCCGCGGGCCAGGAGACAAUGGAUAUUAGUGUGUGUUGUGGUGUGGGCCACGGCGGUUUGCCUGGGCAUGCCUGACAUGCUGUUCUCCACGGUGAAGCACUCGUCUCAUCGUCUAGCCUGCGCGGCCGUCUACCCCCUUAGCAUGGCUCGGCCGACCAAGGCUGCCCUGGAGCUGCUGGAGGUGCUGCUGAGCUUCCUCCUGCCGUUCCUGGUCAUGGGGGUGUCUUACUGUCGGGUGGGCCUGGCGCUGGUUAGGGUCGGAGCCAAUGUGUGCAGGGACAGGAGGCGGCGGGCCCUGCGGGUGCUGCUGGCCGUGGCGGCAGUGUUCCUGCUUACCCAGCUGCCCUACAACCUGGUGAAGCUGUGGCGGACGCUGGACGUCAUAUAUGGCCUGGUGACCGACUGUGACCUCAGUAAGGGUCUGGACCGGGCUCUCCAGGUGACGGAGAGCCUGGCGGUCACACACUGCUGCUUCAACCCAAUGCUCUACGCCUUCAUAGGCUCCUCUUUCAGAGGACAUGUCCUCAGGGUCGUCAAGCGCCUCGGACAGCGCCUCGGGGGGAGGUGGUGCGGUGGUCACUACGGCAAUGAGGAGCGGGCGUUGGAGAUCUCGCUAAAUACACACACCCCCGCCAGGCAAACACACUCACACUCUGUCUCGGAGGACGAGGACACCAGCACCUUCACCAUCUAACAUGUCUAAAAACUCUGAACUCUCAUUAUGGUGAGAGUGGCUCAUUACGGAUCGUGGUGACCGACAGGGCAAAUGCACAACACUUCUAUUGACUCUUCUGAAAAUACUUAAAGGGGCAAUCUGGGAUUCAUAAAAAACAACACAGCAGUCAAACAAGCUUAUAUUUGGGGUUCUGUUGGGGUAAAGCUCAUGAGGCAUUUAUAAGUUACAUUAUUCACAAAUAAAUGUCUAUAUCAUUCAUUUAAAAGGUCCAAAAAUGAAUGUACCAAUCACAGAUGUCCCCCCCUUUUUUAAAGCAGUUGCUCUAUACCAGCAUUUCGAAAAGCCUUUGCUAUACAUAUAUAACUGUUAAGUAACUUAGACAUCAAGAUAAAUCUGAAUUUGUCUAAGUAAAUAAUAUAUUACAUCUAGUCAAUCUUUAGUAUAGCAGAAUCUUGUGUAAAUAAAAUAAGUAGUUAUUAUGUGUUCCCCCCCACUAUUUCUCAUAUAUGAAAACAUCAAAUAAAUCUAAAAAUGAGAAGGAACGGCUCCCUCAAGCUAAA